CAGAAAAAUACAGUACAACGUUACAUACAUGGCUUUCUCCAAAACCAAAACCCUAAAGUCAACGUUUCUUAUUUUGUGUCUCUUAGCCUCCUCCUUUUUGUAUCCAAUCAAAGCUCAUGGAGGAGGACACGACGACGAUGAUGAUUCACCUUCUUCCGACAACAUAAACAUACGUUCAAAGAGUUUAGUCCUAGUGAAAAUAUGGUGUUUGAUAAUCCUAUUUGUGUCCACUUUCUUAGGCGGUGUGUCUCCUUAUUAUCUCCGUUGGAACGAGGUUUUUCUUCUCCUGGGAACUCAGUUUGCCGGUGGUGUUUUUCUCGGAACAUCCAUGAUGCAUUUCUUGAGUGAUUCAAAUGAAACUUUUGGAGAUCUUACAACGAAAACUUACCCGUUCGCUUUCAUGUUGGCGUGUUGUGGUUAUCUUUUCACCAUGUUUGGUGAUUGUGUGGUGGUUUAUGUAACAAGUAAUAACCAGAGGGAAGCUAAAGUUGAGGAACUUGAAGGAGGGAGAACACCUCAGGAACAUGAAGAGACUAAUGAGUUGGCGAUGGAUUCGAGUAAUGUUGCGUUCAUGAAGACUUCGAAUGUGGGAGACACUAUUUUGCUUAUUCUUGCACUUUGUUUUCAUUCGGUGUUUGAAGGCAUCGCUGUUGGAAUUUCAGGUACUAAGGCAGAAGCAUGGAGGAAUUUAUGGACAAUAUCAUUACACAAGAUAUUUGCUGCCAUAGCAAUGGGAAUAGCAUUGCUUAGAAUGCUACCAAAAAGACCAUUAGUAACAACAGCAGCAUAUUCAUUUGCAUUUGCUAUCUCUAGCCCUAUUGGUAUAGGAAUUGGAAUUGCAAUCGAUGCAACAACAGAAGGAAGAACAGCAGAUUGGAUGUAUGCUAUAUCUAUGGGAAUUGCCUGUGGUGUUUUUGUCUAUGUUGCUAUCAAUCAUUUGAUAUCUAAAGGCUUCAAAACUCAGAGGAAGACUCAUUUUGAGUCUCCUUGGUUUAAGUUUCUUGCUGUGCUUUUUGGUGUUGCUGUAAUUGCAGUUGUCAUGAUUUGGGACUGAUGCUAUCAUCAUAAUCUUCCUGUUUUUCUAUGAUUGUCCAUUGUUUGUUUCUCCAUAUUAUGUAUAUGUGUGUACUUGUGCAAUAUAAAUGUUCUAUAUUUGCAAAAGCCAAUGUUUAUUGGAACUUUCAUGUAAAAUAAAUCCAGUCGUUUCAUGUUAUAAAUACAUUUAGUAUCUGAAGAUUUAUAAUUGUUACUUGAAACAAUAGUUAAAUUGAGUUUUUUUUUAGAAAGAGUUAU